AAAACAGAAAAUAAUUUUAAUGUUUGCAUGAAACUAAUGUUCAUUUCAAUGUGUUUUUGUAUUGAACUGUUUUUGAUGAGGUGAAACUUACCACUUCUUUUUUUAAUUUUUUUGUAAUUUUUGUUGCUCAGGUGAGCGUUGUUCGAUCCAAAGACCUUUUGUAUUUAUCUUAAAUCAAAAUAAGUAGGAGAACUUUAUAGAAUGAUGUAGAAUUUUUUUACUAUAAUUUAAUAGAUUUAUUUCAGCAAAACUUAGACGAGCUUAGUCUAGGUAGGGUGCAAAUUGAUUCUUAAUUAAGCUGACAAAGAGGAAAAUCUGGAACUGAAACUCUAUGGAACAAGAUAAUUCUAAUGCACCAAACAGAGACGUGGUUGGAUAUCUAUCUAAACCAUGCCAAAGCAGAGAAAGCAGCAAAGGACUCGAACCUCAGAGGGAUGUUACCUUACACAAAGCAGAGUCAGCAUGGAAGCCUAAAAGAAUGCAAGAGACUGAUAAAACUAUUAACAUAACAGAGGAAUUCUACAAGAAAAUACGCAGUACUCUCAACAAAUUAGCACCAAAGAAAUUUCAAACUCUGGUAAAGCAGGUUUCUGAAAUGGAAAUCAACACUGAGGAAAGACUACAAGGUGUUGCUGAUCUGAUAUUUGAAAGGGCUAUUAGCGAACCUUGCUUCUGUGUAGCAUACGCCAGUAUGUGCCGUUAUUUAGCUAUGAUCAAAGUAGCUUCCACUUCCAAACAAGGAGAGUAUGUAAAUUUUCGUGCAAUAUUGUUGACGAGAUGUCAGAAAGAGUUUGACAAGGAUUCAGUGAAGGAGAUGGAGGAAAUGAGAAAAGUCAUUGCCGAAACCCAGAAACGUGAAGAAUUGUGUGAGGAGUUGAAAAUGGUCGAAGUCAAAGCAAGAAAUCGUUCAAUAGGAAAUAUCAGGUCAUAUGAAAUUAGUUUAAAUCUUUUAUUCUAUCCAAUAUUUUACAUUUCAAAAUGUUGUUUCAUGAGUAAGGUUUUCUUAAGGUUUAUUGGAGAGCUGUUCGAUCUGAAGAUGUUGACUGAAAAAAUCAUGCAUGAUUGCUUAUUCAACCUCCUGAAAACUAAGGAUGAAGAAAGAUUGAAAAGUGUUUGCGAACUUUUCUUAAGAUUUGGGAAAACGUUGGACACAGAGAGAGCUAAGCCAAGAAUGGACCAGUAUUUCAAUCAGAUGGAUAAGAUAAUACAAGAAAAGAAGACAUCUUCAAGAGUGAGAUUCAUGUUACAAGAUGUCAUUGAUCUCAGAAAGUGCAAAUGGAUUUCAAACAGCAAAAAUACAAAUUCUAAGACCAAGACUCAGUUUCCUGGUGUUCAAAAUGUACGAGGAGGGCGCAUAGCUCGAGUUUAUGAAAAAGGGUCAAAAGAUCCUGGAACUGGAAUGGGAGAUAAUGAUAGAUUGACCUCUACUGGCAAAGCAAAUAUACGAGUGGAGAGACAGUCAAAUGACCCAUCAAGGCUUAAACUCACCAAGCAAAACUUGGAUAAGUCCAACAUUCAACUUGGUCCUGUUGCAGGCACAACCAAAUUCUCUGAACUGCAAAGAGGAAGCACUGGAGAAAGAGCAAGAAAUUUCACGGAACAAGAAAAACAAAGCACACCAAGCAACAGGUUUUCUGCAUUUAGUAAGCCUGGAGAUAAUAGUAGGGAUAGAUUUGGCACUGUCCCAGCUCGUGGGGAUAGCAGGGUCCGGGGUUCUGGUGGAUUUGGCCACCUACAAAGUCGAGGUAUCACUCCCAUGUCUUCAAAGGAGCAAGAAAAAGAAGAAGCCCUUGCAGCUGUCAGGGAUCAGAUCAGAGAAAGGCGAAGGGAGCGUAAACUUAAUAAAUUAGAAGUUCAGAACAACAGCAAAUCAUCAUUAUCCACUGCCAAGGAGCUUACAGAGGAAGAUAUGGAAAAGGAAACCAAAAUCAUUUUGAAUGAAUAUCUUCAGUUACAAGAUAUAAAGGAAGCCAUUUUCGAUAUCAAAGAGCUGAAAUCGCCAUCUGUGAUGCACAUCUUUGUUAGUUCAGCAGUGAACUAUGUCUUGAAGAGAUCCAGUAUUGAAAGAAACCAGACUGGAAUUUUGUUGCAUGAUCUUGUUAAAAAGAACAUUUUAUCCAUCCCUGUGUAUAUUCAAGGACUUACUGGAGUAAUUCAGUUUGCCGUAAACAUAGAAAAUGACAUUCCAAAUAUCUGGCGGUAUUUCGGUGAGCUUAUUGGUCCAAUGGUUUACGAUGAAAAUGUUCCUUUGAACUUCCUUCGCAAGGUCGCCGAACCUUUGAAAGAAAACAACAAAGCUGGACUUUUAGUUGCUGAGGUUUUGCACGCUGCUAGUCUUACAGAGGGACAUAAAAAAGUUGGAUCUUUGUGGACACAAUCUAGUCUUCAAUGGGAACACUUUAUGUCAGAAGAUGAUGUGAAGAAAUUCAUCGUAGAUAAUAAAGUUGAAUUUACCGAGCCUGGCUGGCAAAGAAGAAGCACCGGAUGGAGAAAAGAAAACUCCAUGGAACAAGAAAAUUCAAAUGCAUCGAACAACAGUGAGUCCGAUGAUGACAUGUACAGCUGGGAUAGAUUUGAAACUAGUUUUGAGAACAGUAGAGAGCGGAUAGUAGACAAUAAAAAGAGUUGCAAACCAGUUUCACCUACUGCCAAGGAGCUCACUGAAAAAGAGAUGGAAACGAAAACCAAAAAUAUUCUGGAUGAAUAUCUACAUUUCCAAGAUACAAAGGAGGCCAUUCUCUGUGUCGAGAAGCUGAAAUCUCCAUCUGUGAUGCACCUUUUUGUUAGUUCAGCAGUAAACUAUGUUUUGGAGAGAUCCAGCAUGGCAAGGAACCAGACUGGCAUUUUAUUGUUUUAUCUAGUCAAAAAGAAACUUAUAUCUAUCUCUUUGUAUAUUCAAGGCCUUACUAAAGUAAUGCAGUUUGCUGAAAACAUGGAAAAUGACAUUCCAAAUAUCUGGCGGUAUUUCGGUGAGCUUAUUGGUCCAAUGAUACAAGAUGUGAGUGUUCCUUUGAACUUCCUUCGCAAGGUUGCCGAACCUUUGAAGGGAAACAACAAAGCUGGAUUUUUAGUUGCUGAGGUUUUACAUGCUGCUAGUCAUAGAGAGGGCCAGAAAAGGGUUAAAUCUCUGUGGAAACAGUCUAGUCUACAAUGGGAAGAUUUCAUUUCUGCAUGUGAUGUAAAAAAAUUCAUCAUCGCCCAAAAAGUCGAGUUUACUGCUGCCGGUGACUGUCAAUCAAGCACCCCCACAGUCCCCAUAUCCAUGGAAGCUAUUCAGGACAAACUACAUCAACUCCUCAUCAAGGAAAACACUGAUAAUGAAGUGAUCUUUGACUGGAUUGAGGAGAGUGUUGAUGAUCCAACUAUAAAGAGCAACAAGUUUAUCCGUACUUUGAUGACAUUAGUUUGUGAAAGUGCAAUAACCGGCUCUGGAAGCAGAGCACGUGUGUUACCUGAAGUUAUCAAGAACAGAGGAGAUUUGCUAGAGAAAUACUUGGACCACCGAGCAGAAUCAGAAUUGCAAGCACUUUAUGCAAUACAAUCCCUAGUGCACAAGUUGGAGCAUCCACAAGGAGUAUUGCGCACACUGUUUGAAAUACUGUAUGAUGAAGACAUUAUUUCUGAGGAUGGAUUUAAUCAGUGGGAGAAAAGCAAAGACCCUAAUGAACAAGAAGGAAAAGGUGUAGCAAUGAAACAAGUUGUACAGUUCUUCACCUGGCUUCGUGAAGUUGAUUACGUCAGUGACAGCUGAGGAUAAUUUAAUUAAAAUCUAUUGAAAGUGACGAGUCGAGAUAGUAUUAUCACAGAUCUUAAAGAAAUAGAGAAGUUGGGAAUUUAUGUAUUUAUCUACCAUUUUAUUAAUGUGACAUUUCAGUAAAAAUAAGUGCUUUUUGUGGGAACGAGUGUUUCUUGUGGAUAUCAUUUUCUUGGAACGAUUCAUUGUGAUUUUAUUAAAUAUCGUUGACAUCAAUUUUCAUGGAUUAAGCACAGAUGACAGUUUCAAAAUUGAGUAUGUCUGUGGUCAAUGGUUUUAUCAAUAAAAUGUGUUACUAGGCAUUUCAUUUCAAUAAAAAUCGAUUGAUUGUAUCGAAUCGACAACGAAAUCCAGCGACAAAAUCAUGCAACGAAUGUGAUAAAACUAAAGUAUAUUCUUAGUCCAAAUUAAAUCCUUAGUUUUCUUACAAUAUUUUAAAUUUUAAUAUGCCCAUAGUUUUUGAAAUAAUGUCACAGACUGUUUUCAAAUAAAUGCUUAUUAGUUUCCCAA